GGAAGGUCCUGGUCCUGGUCCUGGUCUGGGACGUCCCCCUGGAGGUGGUCUAGUGUGUGCGGUGUUGAGGCUUUAGAUCGACCUGAAUUCAGCUCAGUUCUGCUGGUUUUCCUGAAGCUCCAAGACUUUGAAGAUGAAGGUGUGGAUCUUCUUCGUCCUGUUGGUGGCUGGACAUGCAAUGGCUGCUCCUACCGAGGAGGAGGUGAUCGUGGAAGAACCGGUGGUGGAGGAGACCAUUGUGGAGGAGGUGGUGGUGGAGGAGCCUGAGGUCGGGACCAACCCGGUGCAGGUGGAGGUGGGAGACUUUGACGAAGCCAUCGAUGUGGAGGAGGAGACGGUUGAAGACAUUGUGGACAACCCCUGCCUGAACUAUCACUGUAAAAAGGGUAAAGUGUGUGAAGUGGACGAGGGAAACACUCCCAUGUGUGUGUGCCAGGACCCGUCCACCUGCCCCCCCGCUGACGCCGAAUUCGAACACGUUUGUGGUACUGAUAAUAAAACCUAUGACUCCUCCUGCCACUUCUUUGCCACCAAAUGUGCUCUGGAAGGAACUAAGAAGGGCCACAAACUGCACCUGGACUACAUCGGACCCUGCAAAUACAUUGAAACCUGCCUGGACUCUGAACUGAACGAGUUCCCCCUGAGGAUGAGGGACUGGCUGAAGAACGUCCUGGUGACGCUGUACGAACGAGACGAGGACAACAACCUUCUGACGGAGAAGCAGAAGCUCAGGGUGAAGAAGAUCUAUGAGAAUGAGAAGCGCCUCCAGGCUGGUGACCACUCCCUGGACCUUCUGGCCCACGACUUCGAGAAGAACUACAACAUGUACAUCUUCCCCGUUCACUGGCAGUUCGGUCAGCUGGACCAGCACCCCGUCGACGGAUACCUGACCCACACAGAGCUGGCCCCCCUUCGCGCCCCCCUCAUUCCCAUGGAGCAUUGCACCACCCGUUUCUUCGAGGAGUGCGACUCCGACAGUGAUAAAUACAUCGCUCUGGAGGAGUGGGCCUCCUGCUUCGGCCUGAAGGAGCAGGACGUGGACAAAGACCUCAUCAUCUGAGCGUUCUCCGUUAACGGGAUGAGCUGCUGAUCCCUAAAUUAAAAAAAACAAAACAAAAACAAACGGAAAAUAUCACAGUAACGGUGCUAAUGGCAAAUUCUUUUUUUUCUUUUUUGUUUUUUUUAUAAUGAUUUUUCUUACCUAUACCACUAAAAAAAGAGACAAGAACAGAGGAAGAAGCACAGUCUGUACUAACGUCACAAACCUGUUUGACUUUGUGUAAAAACACCCAUUCAAACUAAACACCUGGGAUGUAAAUGUAUGUCGAUGAUAUUCUAUUCUAUUUGUUCAAGUGUUGAUUGGACUCAAGGAGACAAAAGUGUAAAAUCCACAAUAAAGUGUUGAAAUAAAUGUU